AUGGCCACUGCGUGGGAUGUUGUCGCUGCUGGCUGGGUCGUAACCGUAGCUGGAUGGUUGGCGACUCCCCUCAUCACCUUGCUCCUGCCCAAGAUCCUCUCCUACUUCGGCUUCGACGCGUCCAAGAAGCUCCAGGAGCUAAAGAUCCACACCAUCCCGGAGCUGAAGAAGACGCUGCAGGCCUUGGAUCAGGAGAGGAUGAUGCAGGGAGGAAAGAGGGUGAAAACCGAUUUGGACGCCCUCGACAUGAUGGCGGCCAUGCUGAGGCAUGCUCUCGAGGACGCCGAAGACAUCUUCGACGAUGCUCAGCACAGGGUGGACGACACGAGCGGGCUUUUUGGCCCGCUCGUGGCCCGCUCGGUCCCGCCCAGCUCGGUCCUGGCCCGCUCGAAAAAACACCCGGUCCGUCUAAAUCUCUCUAUUUGUUCUGUAUAUGGACUCCACCCGUUGUUUCCUUUUAAUCCCUCAGUGGAGCCCGAUCCAGUGAAUACUAGUGCUACCAGCUCUGACGAUGAGACUGUUUCGGUGACUACCGGUGCUGUGGCCUCAGGUAAGCCUGAUCUGGUGACUGCCAGUGCUGCGGGCUCAGACGAUGAGAUCACUCAUGUGACUAUUGGUGCUGCAGCUUUCGACAAGCCUGAUCCGGUGACUGUCAGUGCGGCGGUCUCAGACGAUGAGAUCGUUCCGGUGACUACUGGUGUCGCAGCCUCCGACAAGCCUGAUCUGGUGACUCCCAGUGCUACGGUCUCAGACGAUGAGAUCAUUCCGGUGACUACUAGUGAUGCAGCCUCGGACAAGCCUGAUCUGGUGAUUGCCAGUGUUGCGGUCGCAGACGAUGAGAUCGUUCCGUUGACUGUAUGUCCUACGCUCUCACACGCUGAGAUCGUUCCGGUGAGUACCGGUGAUGUGGCCUCCUAUAAUCUUGACCCGGUAACUACCGCUGCUGAGGCCUCUGACGAUGAGAUCGUUCUCGUGACUACACCCUCAGAUUCCUUGUCGAGGCGGUGGCUCUCUUUCUUGUGCAGCUCGUUCGACUUCUUCAAGAACUCUUGUGCAUCACUAUACAGCUGGUUAGCUCGUGUGUUUGAGGCUGCUUGCUUUUACAGAGACUGGUCAUAUCAAGUGGUCGGCAUCAAAAAAUGCCAGGAGAGGAGCAUGAUGAGGGCAGUAAUUGAAGACGAUCUAAUGAGAUUGUCACAGGAAGAACUCAUACUAAAUGAAACAUUUUCUUUCACUGCGCUCCUUCAUUCCGACAUUAUAUACAAGGUACAUUCAGGGGAUGGAUCUACGAACAUUGCCGAAAAUAUCUACGAAAACUCCAGGAGCAAAUCAAAUGACAGUUUCAUCACAACAAGAGAUAACAAUACACUCGAAGCAGACUUGCAUCACGAAAUGCCAGCGAGUGAAGGUGGGGGAGGAGAAUCCGAUCCCUGGGACACAAAUCUGUUCUACAACAUGAAUCUGCAACAGCAGGAGCCUCAAGAUGUUGAUCCCAGCAGAGCAGCGGCUAACACGAACUCAAGCACAGGCAUGAAUGAAGAAGGAGAAAGAUAAGAACCAGGACACUCACUUGAACAAGAAGGAGACGAUGAAUUCCUCGAUGAAGAAGACAUUGAAAGAUUCCUGCAAAAUGAACAAGAAGCUACAUCAGAGGGCAAUCUGAUGAACACUAGCAGUAAUUUCAAGCCUUAUUUAGGCAUGCAGUUCAAAACAAAGGAAGAAGCUCAGGAAUAUUUCAAUUUCUACUCGAAAGUGGCAGGAUUUUCAGUUGCUACAGUAGCAAUCUCAAGAACAGCAAGCAAGAAAAGAAACAAUGAGGUGACAAGGAUCACUAUGAAGUGCAACAAGUGGGGCAAGACAAAAGAAAUAGAGAAGGAAUG